CUCUCCAAUACAUACAGACACACUCCCUCCCUCACACCAUCGCUGGCCAUCAGCAGCGUCUGACGGCUGCAUCCUUUGCUGUAGCAACGCGGCUUCUCUAUCCUCCACUGCGUCGUCUGCAUCUGACAUCCUGACUGCAGGAGUCUUUUGUGUCUCCACGGGAGCCAUUGUUGUUUCUCCCUUUUUGGAGGAAAAAGCAACACCAUGGACAUGAUGGGUAACAAAGAGCGACGAGGCAUGAAUUUCAAAGGCUUGCUGAGGAGGAAUUGGCUUCUAAUUGCCACCGUUUUAUCAGUGCUGCUCGGUAUCAGUUUGGGCGUUGUGGUCAGAGAGUAUGCGUCUCUCUCCCAUCUCCACAAGCAGUAUUUUGGCUUCCCAGGAGAGAUCCUCAUGCGAAUGCUGAAGCUUGUCAUCCUCCCGCUCAUCAUUUCAAGCAUGAUAACAGGUGUUGCAGCCCUGGACUCUGAGGUAUCAGGAAAGAUAGGUCUGCGAGCUGUUGUUUAUUACUUCUCAACAACAAUCAUUGCAGUUAUUCUUGGCAUUAUUUUGGUGAUGACUAUCAAACCAGGAGUCUCUCAGACAGCUGAGCACAUUGACAGAGCCGGGACCACACCCAAUGUCACAACAGUUGACACACUCUUGGACCUCCUAAGAAACAUGUUUCCAGAAAAUCUGGUGCAGGCUUGUUUUCAGCAGUACAAGACCAAGCGCAUAGAGCUGGAGCCUUCGAAAGUUUCAGCUAACACCACCACAAUUCCACCUCUCGCAACUACUAUCAUGGCAGUGGUAGAGAAUGUAACCAGGGACUAUAAAAUCAUCGGGACGUAUUCAGAUGGAAUCAACGUAUUGGGCCUUAUUGUGUUCUGUGUUGCUUUUGGCCUUGUCAUUGGAAAGAUGGGUGAAAAGGGCCGUAUCCUCCUGGAAUUUUUUGAUGCCCUGAAUGAAGCAACCAUGAAACUGGUCCAGAUCAUUAUGUGCUACAUGCCAGUAGGGAUCCUGUUCCUAAUUGCUGCGAAGAUCAUCGAGGUGGAAGACUGGGAGAUCUUCAAGAAGAUGGGUCUUUAUAUGGUGACGGUGCUGAGUGGUCUAGUUAUCCACGCCACCAUCUGUCUGCCACUGAUCUUCUUUGUCAUUGUGAGGAAGAACCCAUAUACAUUCACAUUGGGAAUGGCUCAGGCCCUGGUAACAGCACUCAUGAUCUCCUCCAGCUCUGCCACCCUGCCCGUCACCUUCCGAUGUGCCGAGGAGAACAAUCGCAUCGACAAACGGAUCACCCGGUUCGUCCUCCCAGUGGGUGCCACCAUUAACAUGGAUGGCACAGCGCUCUACGAGGCGGUGGCUGCCAUCUUCAUCGCUCAGCUGAAUGACUACGCUCUGGACGUGGGCCAGAUUGUUACUAUCAGUAUAACAGCAACAGUUGCCAGUAUUGGAGCUGCAGGAGUCCCUAAUGCUGGGCUUGUCACCAUGGUGAUAGUCUUAACAGCUGUUGGAUUACCUGCAAGUGAUGUCACUCUAAUAGUCGCUGUGGAUUGGCUGCUGGACCGAUUCCGUACUAUGAUCAAUGUUCUUGGCGAUGCUUACGGAGCCGGAAUCGUCCAGAAACUAUCCAAGAGGGAACUGGAGAGGAUGGAUCUGACAUCAGAUGUGGACGUCGCCAACCCCUUUGCUCUAGAAGCCACUUUGGAUGACGAAGAGUGCGAGAAGAAAUCCUACGUCAAUGGAGGCUUCACCGUCGACAAGACAGAUGCAAUCUCCUUUACUGAAACCUCCCAGUUUUAGCCUCUGGCUGGCUCAGAGGAGCAGAGAAAGUGCCACGCUGCUAUGGAUGUAAAACGGAAAACCUUCCAUCAUGUAUCAGCACCAUGACGAGAGAGGAAAACUAUCGAACCAGACCCAUCCAAGCUCAAACAUCAGCAAUAGCAGCCUCCGUUAAGCUUAUCCAAGAUGAUCACCCUUCAUGUUGGACAUUUAUAACCACGACUAGAUUAAAGUGCUUCCUUCUUACACUCAAAUUGUGCCAAGAUUAAGAAAAGUCAGUUUGCUUUUGAAUACGAGCGUGUUCUUUCUUGCAAAGAUGCACUCAUAGGAGGAGCUGUUUGUGUGUGUGUGUGCACGAGGACAUUAUUUUUGGUUGUAUCUGAGGUGUGUAUGUAUUUUGCAAAAAAAGAAAAUUCAAUUCAACACAAGUAAAAACAAAACAAUAACCUGAAUUUGAAAUUUUAAGCCUACUUUAUUUAAUCCUUGAUUAGACAAUUAUUUUCUAAAAUGUCUGAAUGAUCUAUUUUGUGUGGCUGUAAUGCACUGCUUGUAUAUCUAUCUGUAUAUUUAAACUCUGCCAAACAUAUAAAGAGGUUUUUCACCAAGUUGCAUGAAGCAAUACGUUAAUCGCUGGCUGCAGACUGAUUUUUUAUGGAGACUUUACAGAGACUGGAGAUGGUUAACAAAGGCUUAUGAUUAUGGAGUCACUGAACACUGUGAAAUUUGUGGACAUUUUUUCAGAACCAAAUCACUAACAUUCAUUGAUUUAUUGCAAAGUAUAACGAUCAUAAAUAGUAUGUGUUUAGGCAGCAUGGGCACAUAAUAGAUUUAUGUGUCAAUAAUAAUCAGAGUGUGUCUUUUCAUCCGGUGAACACAAUUUUUCAUGUUAUAGGCAUUUUUGACAUGAAAGGGCUUGUGCACAUUUGGACAGUAAAGAAUAGUUAAACAUUUUGGGAAAUACACUUUCUUGCCUAGAGUGAGAUGAAAAGAUCAAUGUCAAUCUCAUGUCUGUGCGUUAAAUAUGGAGCCAGACUAGAGCCAGGAGGAGGUUAGCUUGGGUUGGAGGAAACAGCUAGCCUGGCUUACUCCAAAGUUCAAAUAUACACCUACUAACACCUCUUAAACUCUAAAGUCACAAAUGUUGGUUUUUACAUUUCUAUUUGUGAACAAAUUAAAUAAAUGAGAUAUAACGUGUUAAUGAGUUUUAGAAGUGUUGGUAGGUGUAUUUUUGAACUUUGGACAGAACUAGGCUAGCUGUUUCCCAAAAUGUUUAGUUAAUAGUUAGCUAAGACAGCUUUUUUUCCCCCAAGGCAGCUGCUACAUUAAAAAUCGAAUGUUAACCAGGAUUGGAAAAUUCAGAGCAGCAGUGUCAUUUAUAACACCUCAAAAUGAGCCAGCCCUUGACAACAUCUGAUUUGUAGCCAUUGCUAUAGUGCUGCAAACUGGUACGGCGCCUUGGAGCAUUUACUACCGGGUUGCGUGGAAACGAUACGAUGCAUCAAAAACACUGUAUAAUAAUUACAUAACUUUAUAGGCACUUUGUGCAGUAAUUAACUUGACAUGGUUUGUCUGAGCUGCAUCUUUUCUUAUCAUUCUGUCAUGCCCAUGAUAACCGGAUAGUGAUUUUGAACUUCUGAAAGUAGGUCAUCAGUUCAUGAGGUAAUCUGCCCGCAUCAUCGAUGUAGUUACUCAGUAUGAUUUUGCCAUAUUUCUGUUACUUUUGCAUGUAGCUAGUUAGCAUGAGUAAGCAACAACUUUUGAGUUUGAGAGAUCUUGAGAUUUUCUGAGGAGGAGGUAGUGAAGAUAAAAGACCUAACGUGUGUUAUAAUAAUCAGAUGUUACACUUUUAUUUUUUCAGUCGUGACACCACCAUCUACCCUAAUUAGCUGGUCUGCAAGUUGUCAAUAUAAAAAAAUGGUCUGUAGUGCAAAAAAAGGUUGGGAACUGCUGCUACAGGGAAAUUAUGAGAGAAACUGCUGUAAUAGCUAACUAGCAAAGCUAUACAAAACUGUAUUAUUUAUUUUUUUGGAUACUACAGUAUGCUUUUGCUACUUCCAACCUAGAUGCCUAGUUAGCUCCUCACUAGCUAAAUGUGGCUGAAAGGCACCCAAGACCGCAACUCAAAAUGUCAACCAUGAUUGACGUUUGUUAGAAUUUCAAAUUUGAUUGACCUUGGUGAUUGGCUAGCUGCACUGCUAGAACACAACAUAAAAAUAAACAAGGCUAUAUGUUUAAAACUGGGCUUGUGGCCCUUAAAGGCUGCAAUGUUCAUUAUACAACUCGAGAGUCGGACAAAGAGGAAAAGCCAUGAGGCCAUUCAAAUAAAAAAGGUUUAUCCCCCUCGGAGCAUGAAUGUGCUCUGGUACUAAAAUGAUUAGUUGUUUAAUCAUAAUUAAAAUGUAUUUGUUGAUAGACAGAAAAAUAAUUGAUUGAUAUUUGAUUUGUGGAUUUUAGACACGUAUCAGGCAAAAACCUUUGCUGUUCCCAACUUCUGAAAUGUGCUUUUCUUUGUUUUAUAUCAUUAGAAGUUGAAUGUCUUUGGGUUUUGAACUGUUUGUCAGACAAAACAAGACAUUUAAAGAUGUCACUUUGAGCUCUGGAAAAUUGUGAUGGGCAUGUUUCAUUGUUUUCUGAUAUUACUUAGACUAGAAGAUUAAUCAAAGAAUAAAUUUACAGAUUAAUAAUAAAGGUAAUAAUUAACUGCAGCCUAAAUGUAAUUAUGACAUAUCUUUUGUACAAAGCUGACAUUUAGGCCAAGGAUGGUGUAAUUGGAAAGGUAAAGCAGUGUCCAAAAUAGAAGGGUUCAUCUUUAGGGGAGAAACAAUGCGUUUAGUAAAUUUUAUGCCAAUCUAGCCAUUACAUUUUGAUAGUUCUUGUGUACAGGUGGGAAUGUGAGCCUGAUGAUGGCAACAAUCUGUAUGUUGUCAAAGUGUUGGAUGGACAGACAUUGCUUAGAAUGUUAAUGACAGUUGAUGGCUUUGAUGCAAAUGCCACAAAUGAUACAAAUGUCCAUACUUAUAGUAAUGCUCCCUGGCUGCACUGUUGCUUGUGAUGCUCACAGCUUGUGAUGCUUGUGAUCUUACGCUUUUUUCUAAAAUGUAUGUCCAUGUCUGUAACUGAGAGCUGUGUAUUUGACUCCAUGCAGCAGCUGCAUACUAUGAUGCCUGCACAUGCCCUGCAAUAAGUGGUGUGGAGUUGUUUAAAUGGUGGAGUCAUCUUGAAGAAUACUUGACAUGGGACCAACAGUGGUAUCGCUGAGGGUUUUCUGUGGUACAAUUUAUGCUAUAUACAGAAUGUCUGAAUGUAUGCAGCCAGUGUUCCCAGUGCUGGUCCCAUAAUCACUGUUCCCACCAUGAUAAUCAAUCAUUGUUUCUAGGUUGAAGUAAAAGUGGUCCUUUUUUGCUUGGUUUACUUUCCACCAUCGCUAGAGUCUGAUGUAUACCUUUCCAAUCUCCUGGCAGAAAAUACAACAGCAAUCCAUUGUAACACAACUCAGUGACACUCAUGUUAUCCAUCACAUUCUAAUGGAGGGAUGUAUUCUAGAACAACAGACAAAGCAGAUCUACAUAAUCUACAUUCAUUACAAGACAACUACAAGCUUCUACUACUAGUUUGUUGCUUAGAUUGUGGUAGAAAUGAAACUGCCAGCGUAGUUCACAGCACAAUAUCAUACUGCACGAUGUGUUCCAUUUGAAGUUGGAAGUCGGAAAUUCCCUGCUAGUUAGACAUGCUAAUUUUAGUGGUCCAGUUUGGAAAAAAUCAUGUGAGAAAUACCUGUGAGAUUUUCUUUAGUUUGCGUAAAGUACUGCACCCAAAAAAACAGCUAAUGUGUCAAUACUUGUACAAUGUAGUAGAUAGGUUGGUGUAGAAAAUUGACAACUGCAACAGCUACUCUUAAACAUUCCUUGCUAGGUAGACAUGCUAAUUUCAGUGGUCCAGCUAGGAAAAAAUUCACAGAAGAAACAUUUUGCUUGGUGUAAAAUACUGUACCUAAAGCAACAGCUAAUGUGUUCACAUUUUGCAAUGUUAGUAGCUACCUAGCAUAGAAAAAAAUAGCAACUGCAAAUGCUAUUUUACCUUUCAGCUUUAUCCUUAACCAAGUAUCAUUGGUAGAGGUCAUGGAGUGUUGAAUAAUCAAACUUUGUCUAUUUUCAGAAUAAUAAAAAUGUUCAAUAAAGUAACGUUGUUUACAGAGUGUUGUCAGGUUUAGUGUGAUUUCAAAUGACUACAUCAUUGGGGAUAACAUAUCUUGCCUAAGUUUCUUACUUUACUAAUUUCCAAAUCCAUUGUGUCUGGAAUGCAGUCUAAGUAUCAGUGUUUUGAUUUUAGUCUUCCCUACACUGCCAAAAGGGCCAUAUUUGAAGUAAAACUUGGGUUUUGAAGGUGCUUGUUUGUAAUUCUAUACUGAUCAGAGAUGACAUGCAGAUAAGCCCUUGCAAAUCAGGUUGUAUUCUACAUUUCAAAAGCACACUGGCAUCAACCAACCCGUGUACCUACAGUAUGUGAAUCAACAUGUACUACAUUAUGUGUAACUGCAAGCAAAUAAAAGAAAGUUGCUAAUU